AUGAAGGCGUUUGCGUCCUUCCUUGCCGCUGCCGGGUCCGCCGCCGCCGUUACCAUCGCCGAGAUUAACGGCAAUCGCUUUCUCUCGCCGCUCGAUGGAAAGAGCGUGACUGACGUCACCGGUGUCGUGACGGCCGUGUCCAAAAACGGCAUCUACCUGCGCAGCGCCGAGCCUGACGAUGACCCUGUCACUUCCGAGGGGCUCUUCGUCUACGGUAGCUCGGCCGCCCAAAAGGUCGAGGUCGGCGAUUUGGUGAGCCUAGACGGCGUCGUCAAGGAGUACCGGGCCAAAACCGAGCACAUCUAUCUCACUCAGCUCACUGACCCGACGAACAUCGUCGUCGUCUCGUCCAGCCACAAGGUCAAGCCCCUCGUCAUAGGCAAGGACACUUUGCCGCCGCCGACGAGAGACUUUUCCAAACUUGACAAGGGUGGCAUCUUCGGCGUGCCCAACGCCGUAGACACCGUGUCUGCGGCGAACCCAAAGCUUGACCCGGCCACCUACGGCCUCGACUUUUGGGAGAGCCUGGUGGGCGAGCUGGUGAUUCUCAAGGAUGUCUACCAGACGAGUCGUCCCAGCAAGUACGGUGACGUCUGGGUGAGGGGCAGCUGGGCCGUGACGGGCAUCAACAGCCAUGGGGGUGUCACGAUGCUUGAUGGAGACGCCAACCCGGAAACUGUCAUCAUCGGCACCCCUCUAGACGGCUCCUCCAACCCGAUUGACACCAAGAUGGGCGACUACCUCGGCGACGUCACCGGCGUCGUGUCCAACGCUUUCGGCUUCUACCGUGUCCUCCCCCUCACCAGCGUCUCGCCCUUGAGGAAUGCCUCGGCCACCUACUCGGCCGUCUCCUUCUCCGGCGACGGCACCUGCAAGGCCAUCACCGUCGCCGACUACAACGCCGAGAAUCUGGCACCCGACUCGGCUCACAUGCCGCGCGUCGUCGACCAGAUCGUCCACAAGCUUCUCCUGCCGGACCUCAUCUUCCUACAGGAGAUCCAGGACGGCUCAGGCCCUACCGAUGACGGCGUUGUGAGUGCCAACGUGACCCUCGCCACCCUGACCCAGGGGAUCGAGGAGGUCUCGAGCGUCGUCUACCAGUGGGCCGAGGUUGACCCCGUCGACGGCGAGGACGGUGGACAGCCGGGUGGGAACAUCCGCUGCGCCUACCUGUAUAGACCCGACGUCGUCGAGCUGUAUAAGCCGAAUCAAGGAGGCAGCCUGGAUGCCAACAAGGUGCUAGACGGGCCCAAGCUUAAGUACAACCCCGGCCGCAUCGACCCUGCCAACAAGGCCUUCGACGAUAGCCGUAAGCCCAUCGCGGCCGCCUGGAAGCCCGUCAAGGGCUCCAGAAAGCCCUUCUUCACCGUCAAUGUCCACUUCAGCAGCAAGGGCGGUUCGACGACAUUGCACGGCGAUGCUCGACCUCCCGUGAACAAGGGCGUCGAAAGGCGGACCCAGCAGACCACCAUCACUGCGAACUUCAUCCGGCAGAUACUCGCCAAGGAUCCCAAGGCUCGCAUCAUCGCAGCCGGCGACUUCAACGAAUUCACCCAGGUGCAGCCCAUGCAGGUAUUCGCCGCCAAGUCGGGCCUCCGCGACAUCGACGAGCUCGUCGGCCUCGAUCCCGUCGAGCGGUACACGUACCUGUAUGACAUGAACAGCCAGGCGCUCGACCACCUGUAUGUGAGCCCUGCGCUCGCUGCAGGCUCAAAGGUUGAGCACAUGCACCUGAACACGUGGCAGAACUUUGCGGGACAAACGAGCGACCACGAUCCGAGCGUCGCGUUGCUGAAUUUGUGCGGCGGUACCUGA